AUGGUAGGGAAUCUUGGGAUGAUCAUAAUCAUCAAAACGAACCCCAAACUGCACACCCCAGUGUACUUUUUCCUCAGCCACCUCGUGUCUGUGGAUUUCUGCUAUUCCUCUACCAUUGCCCCCAAGACUCUGGUGAACCUAGUGGUCAAAGACAGAACCAUCUCAUUUUCAGGAUGUGCAGUACAAUUCUUUUUUAUUUGUGCCUUUGUGGUGGCUGAAUCUUUGUUAUUAGCUGUGAUGGCAUAUGACCGCUUUGUGGCUGUUUGUAACCCUCUGCUCUACACAGUUGUCAUCUCCCAGAAACUCUGUGCCAUGCUGGUGGUGGGUUCAUAUGCGUGGGGAGUGGCAUGUUCCUUGAUACUCACAUGCUAUGUUUUAAAAUUAUCUUUUCAUGGCUUCAACACAAUCAACCACUUUUUCUGCGAGUCCUCCUCACUGCUCUCCCUCUCUUGCUCUGACACUUUUAUCAACCAGUUACUUCUUUUCAUUUUUGCCACCUUUAAUGAGAUAAGCACACUGCUCAUCAUCCUCACGUCUUACGUGUUCAUUGUUGUCACCAUCCUCAAGAUGCGCUCAGCCAGUGGGCGCCGCAAAGCCUUCUCCACCUGUGCCUCCCACCUGACCGCCAUCACCAUCUUCCACGGGACCAUCCUCUUCCUCUACUGUGUGCCCAACUCCAAAAACUCCAGACACACAGUCAAAGUGGCCACAGAUUAG